AUGAGUUACAUACGCAAGACAUUUAGGAAAUGGAAAAAUAAUAAGACCGCUAAUCGAAACCUGGAGAUGAAGCAGUUACAUAUAACUUUGGAAGAGGAGAUGCAGAAGAUCAAGAGACACCUUGAUCUUAAGAUCGAGCAUCUCCGAGACGAAACAAUAGAGAAACUGAACCUAAUGAGGGAAGAACAACAAGCUGAGCUACAAGGCCUUCAAAAAGUCUUGACCAAAGACAUAGAGGAGGUCCAUCAGCUUUUUCAAGUACAAAGGAAUUCAGAGCAUGCAGUAUCUGAGCUACAGCUAGCGGGACUUUCCGUUGUUGCAGAGUCGGCCUCUUAUGCCAUCUCAGCGGCAUCAGGUGCAGCUGUGAUGUCUGAACUAAUUCCCAGGGUGUUGGUGGUACAUCUAGUUGUGUUUCGGGUGGUGGAAGUGCCGGUCUCUCUGUCUCAGACUCUUUAUCUGAACUGGAAAAUUGAUUUAUGUACUCAUUGGGUGGUUUGUUUAUGUUUUGUUUCUGUUAAGAAUGAGCAAAGGAGAUCAGAAGAGGAUCAAACACAAGAAAUCAAAACAGGAGAUAACACUGAGCCUUCCAGUCCAUUUGUGACAGCAGAUGAAUUCAAUAAGAUCGAGGGGCUGCAAGAAGAACUUCCAAUCCCUGAGGCAUGUCCUGCAAAAUACAGUUCCUCCUCUCACUCAAACUCAGAGUCUGACAACAUCCAUGACUGGAGAACCUUCCUUGAUGACUAUGAUGUUGUAUCUCUACUUGGAAUAGGAGGAUUUGGAGAAGUAUAUGCAGCAAGAAGGAAAACUGAUGAUGUACCAGUUGCCAUCAAAGCCAUGAGCAGAGAAACAGUGGCAGAGUGGGUCCAGUUUCCCAAAGAGUCACAGCCAAUCCCUAUUGAAAUUGCUCUAAUGAAAAUGGUGUGCAGGGUUCCAGCUUCGCCCAGGAUCAUCCAGCUCUUGGAUUGGUGUAUCAGCCCCUAUGACAUUGUGCUCAUCCUUGAGCAUCCCAAGCCCUGCAUUAACCUGCUUGAUUUUAUUGUGGAACGCCGAGAGUACCUGGAGGAGCAGUUUGCACGACGUAUCUUUCUGCAGGUUGUGGAAGCUCUCCAACACUGCCAAGCCAGAGGGGUAUUCCAUAGGGAUGCAAAAGUCGAUAACUUCCUUAUCCAAAGCCCUACAUGCCAAAUUAAGCUGAUUGACUUUGGGUGUGGAGCUCUGCUGCAUGAUGGGGAAUAUACAAGCUACAGGGGCUCCCGUAAAUAUGCCCCACCGGAGUGGUUUACUAAACUGCGUUACCAAGCCCAACCAGCCACUGUGUGGUCACUAGGUGUGUUGCUUUAUAUGAUACUUUGUGGGAUUAUGCCAUUUGAGAGGAAAGAGGAGACUAUCAGAGGAAAAGUCAAAUUGCCCAGGAAAGUUUCCAGAGAAUGCCUGAAUUUGAUUAAGCGGUGUCUUUCCCUCAAUCCUAAAGACCGUCCUUCUUUAGAGGAGAUUCUUAAACAUCCUUGGAUGAUGCGAGAUGAAAACAUGAGGCCUUUCGAAGUUCAACAAUCUAGUCCAUGAAGA